GGAGGCUGGUGGUGGGGCGGAUCUGAGCUGGGGGCCUGGCUCUCGUUGGUGGAGCCAGCGUUAUUUCGAGACCUGCCACCGGCCUGCCUCAGCGUUCAGUCAUGGCAGGGUGUGAUGCUGUUGUGCCGCUGUUGGUAUCCGGUGAGAUUUAAUCAGUGGGACAGGCUUGAUUUUUCCCUAUCCACCUUCUCUUCCCCUGGUCUGUUAUAAAGCCACCUUCAAGACUGAUACUCUGAAGCAGUCAAGCUUGCAUAUAUAACUUGAGGGGAGAAAAAGGAGACAACUGCUGUUAACACCACAAGCUGAUAUUAAGGGCAAAAUUCAGAACAAAGUUAUUGUAGAGGUUCACACUAGCAGAAGAAUGGAAUUAUAACUGGAAGGCGGGGAGUGGUGGAGCAGACAGUACAGAAGACACUAAAUAUGUUUGCUCCCCAGCAGGCUGCAAGCUUUUGGUUUUAAAUGGGUUGCUGUUCAAAUGUGGCUACCAAGUGGACCACUUGAGAGGGAAGAAGGUUUUGAAUGCAGUCAGAGUCCAAGAAGUAUGAAGAAGAGAUACCUUCUCUGCUCUGGGGGUUGGAUCCUGUAUUUUCUGCAUUUGCAAGGCUCUAUAUUAAAGAUAUAAGAGAAAUGAGAGAAUCUAAACAAGUGCCAGGUAUAUUCUUUUAUAAUGGACGUCCAGUAAGACAGGUAGAUGUUGUUGGGAUAGUGGUUCAAACCAAAGAGCGAGAUGCCUUUUAUAAUUAUGGAGUGGAUGAUAGCACUGGUGUUAUAAAUUGUGUCUGCUGGAAAAAUCCCAUGGGAGCAGAAAGACCUUUAUCAGCUUGUCCAAGUACACCCAGCAGUCUUAAUGUGCUUGAACAGAUGAAGAAACUCCAGGAAAUGGUGAGCGAGAAAACCAAGCUGGAAAUUGGGGAUGUUGUCAGGGUCAGAGGUCACAUCCGAAUCUACAGACAGCAAAGAGAAAUUCAAGCCUCAUCUUUUUAUAAAGUGGAUGAUCCUGUGUGUGAUGUUCAGAUUUCAAGAAUGCUGGAGCUCCCCUGUCUUUAUAGAGAAGUUUACGAUAAACCUUUCCAAGGCCCAGAGGGGACACAGAGUGGCCCAGGGUGCCUGGAUUUCUCGAAUAUGCUGUGUGAGAAAGUGAAAGGCUUCUUACUACAAAACAGAAUUCAAACCUUUUACCAACAGGAGCUGGAAACAAUUGAUACUCUGGUGUCGCUGGCCCAUCAGCCUCUACCCAGUCCCAGCUGUCAGGAGGUGGAGUCAAAAAGUGACCUGAGCUCCAAACGGAUUCACAGUGUUUUUAAGGAAGCAGUAAGGAUGCUACAAGAAAAAGGGGUGGUUUUCCAGAAACCCAGUAGCUCCAAGGACUUAUAUCAUGUGACUGACCAUGAUAAGGAGCUGCUUAAAGUGACCCUUGAUGUGAUUAAGGAAGACUGUCGAAAACCAAGGCAUGCUGAAAAAGGUUGCCACUUCCUUCAUGUCCUGAGCUGUGUUCGGCAGAGCUACAACCCCUAUCUGGCUGAAGCAGUGAUGCACCGUGUCUUGGAACUGCUGGAGAGUAACAGCGAUGUUGUCAGCACUAUGGAAGGAUACUAUAUGGCCUUUUAAAGAGGGAAGAUAAAAUACAUUAGCUCCUGGGCCAUUCAGGGUAAAGAAAGAGUGGUUGAGACAGAACUCUGAUACUGAAAAGCUGCUAUUACCUAAUACAAUCUAGAUGAAAAGAAUAGCAUCCUGAUUCUGCAGAGGCUAUUUUUGUCCAGCUCCUGAGAGGAGUUAUCCAAAUACUUUGUCUUAAAAUUCUUGCUGACUUCUGUUCCUAGAAAGUUGUAUCAAACUGAGCCUGGACAUCUCAGUCCAGUAGGGGAGCUGGAAAAGAAGCUGGGCUUCCUCCCUGCAUGUGUGUUAUUCCCUGACUAGCAGUAAGGUGUGAUGUGGCCCUCCCCACAUCUACAUCAAAUUAGCCCUAAAGUCAGUACUAAAGAGCACUGUUGACAGCAGCGGUCAUGUCAGGACUCGUCUUGCUGGCUUAAAGACUGAUCUUGUGAUCUUUCUAUAUGGUAGUACCUGUGGAUCUUUUUUUAUAUAUAUAUGCUUAAUAACAACUGGAAAACUACAUGCAAGCGAACAAUCAGAAAGGUUUGCUUGUCCUUCCUGGUAAUGUUGGCAUACCGUGUAUGUAUGUAUGCUUUCCUGAAAGUGCACAGCAAUCCCACUACUAAAGCAGCCCCCACGUUUUUCAGAAAAGUAAUAUUCAGGAAUGCAUCCCUUCCCCAUCCUACAAUUCGCCCACUGCUUGUAAAGCAUGUUUGGAUUCCCCUAGCUACAGUGUGCACUACUGAUGCAUGUUGUUGUGGAUUCUGUUCAGACCAGAAGUCUCACAAAUCAGCCAUUGUUUUGCUGUUUAUUUUUAAAUUGCUUCCUACAUCACAAAUGGUGAGCCAUAAAUCUGAUGCUAUGAAAAGAAAAUACCAAAGUCAGCAAGACCAACUGUAAUCUGUGUUCCUUGUUGUCUUUUGUGUUUUCUCCUUCCUUGUCACCUUUGGGAAAAAUACUAUCCGUAUCAGCGCUUGCAGAGGAACACAGCGCCCGGUGAAAGACACUGAUGAAAGAGCAUUAGCCUUAAAGGAGGUUACCAUGCAGGACAUGCAGGAUUAAUCAGAACUGUUAUGUGCCAUAGUUCAAAGCCUGGAGCUGUUCAGUAUUUAUGCUUACAGGCCUCACUGCUGCAGGGUCUUGUCUAAGUAAUCUGUUUAAUUAAUGGUGAAUGAGAAGGUGAUACCUUUAACUUGAAAAGAGUAGAAAGGAUUGAAUGUAUCCUUCUUUUCUACUCUGCUCCUUCUCCAGAACCGUUGAAAUAGCAGACUCCCAGGAGGCAGACCUAGUGCUAAAGCCCUAUAAGGAUUGACAUAGCAGGUAAAAAUAAACUGUAUGCAUGAGGAAAGCCAGUGAGUAGCCCCAUGUGUGCCAGGUCUCUGGUUUGAUGUUAUAUUAUAUGCCUCGUUCCGAGCCGUGGCUGCAGUGAGAUAUAGGCUAAGAAAGGCAUGACGAAGUAUUUGGCAUUUGCAUUCAGAGGCCUGUGGAAAACUCCAGCCUUAAAGAGAUGGUGCAUUUGUCCACAGUGUAAAACUAUGUAUGAGUCAUUAUUUCACUUUAAUUUCUCUACUUGCUGCAGGGCUCAGGUUGGUUUCCCUGCAGACUGCCACUAUUUCUAGCAUUACUGCUGCGUUUGGAGUUAAGUACCAUCUAUUCAUCUAUAGGCAGAGGAGAUGGGGAUUAAAAAAAGCAUUGUAGAAGACUUUUUUUCUAUGAAUGUCUCUGGAAAGCAGAGAAAGAAGCCCAUGUUCUGAGUGGUGGGGCAGGGAACUAUAAAUUACACCUACAAAAAGGUCUGGCUAGUUGUACUGCCAUGAGGGAUAUUUCCUUUCAGAUUCCUGCUCUGAUACUGAUCAGUUCGAAGUGAUGCUUUAAAACAAAGGUUUCCCAUGGAAGAAGUUUGGGAUAUCGAUUCCUAUUUUAGGGUUCAGACUCAUUUCAGGAGUUAACCAUGUGUUACUGCUUGGUUAUGGACAAGGGGCCUACGUGACACAAGUUUGGGGAUAGUCCAAAGGGAAAGUAUGAGGUGUCUUGGACAGUAGGGAUGAGCAUGACAUGUGCCAAUAACUAUGUCUAACUUAAGAUACUGACCUGGCUGUUUUUUUGAAAGGUCCUGCUCUAUUAGCAGAAGUUGGUUUUAUGCAGAAAGGGUUAAAUGAAUACUGAGGUGAUUGCCUUCUCUCUUAGCUUAGAAGAGAGGAAGGCCCUGGUUCUCCUGGGGGUAGCAGCCAAGUGUGUGGGCUAGAUGAGUUUUUGGGAGGAACUCUGUGCUGCUGAGCCUUGGAGGAAAAGAUAGCCUUGAGAUUGUAUUGCUCUUUGGGGUCUCUUUAAAAUAAAUUGUAACAGAAUCAUACCAAAAUAGGAUUACAUCUUGGUCCCUUGCAGCUCAUAUCGUUAUGCGUGCAGCAUCUGAUGUAUUCUGUUGCCUCCAACUUAGACUCUGCACUUUCUGCUUUUUAGAUCUAUGUGUAAAGUGUGUCUAAAACUCCUGGCUACUUAUUUUCUAAGCAUUGGACGAUGGUGCAAAGACACAAUGUGUGCUAGUGUCUCUGUAAUAGUUCCUUGCUUCUGUUGCAAUUUAAAAGUCCCGAUCAACUGAAAAGCCCCAGAGAUGAGGUGGGAGGAUCUCUUCUCAGGAAAGACAGAUAAAUCAAUCUGGAAAGAACCUGUCCUUGAAAGUUGUUUAAGCUGGUCCAUGCUGGCAAUGUGAGGGUCUUGUGAGGAAGGGUGCUUCCUGUUGGGGGAUUGUUUCCCAGGAGCACGAAAAAAGAUUUUUCUCACUUGAAUUACCUUAGGGAAGCAAUGUUAAUGAAUAGAAGGGAACCUACAGUUUUUAUGUGCAUGAAAGGUUAAGGUAAAAUUAAUGGAGGUGCUUAGAUUCGAGCUAUGCUGAUUUUAAUUCUGUAUAACAUUACGGAAUAGUCAUGCCUGAAAUGUGCAUGCUCUGUUUUCCACAGUAGCCACCCAGCACACACUAACACUUUGGUCUAGUGCAUUCCCCUUCUGUACCUGCAGGGAAUACCACAUGCAUAUGCCUGCACAGAAGUACCCCAGCUAGCUGUGAGAGCACAGAGCACAGUAAGUAGCUUGAUUUACCCAUUUACUCAGUAUCUCUACAGUAUGCUUCUGUGACAGCAGUCUAGACAUACCCAUGUUGGUAUAAGUCACCUUUAUGUAAGUCUAACUACACACACUAGGGCUUUUACUGCUAAUAAACUGUCUCUCUGUUUAAAGAUCAUAUCCUUAACCAAAAGAGUCAUAUCAUGCACACUGUUAAAAUUCUUAGACUGAGACCACACCUACAAAAUAUUGUGUGGAGCAUUUAGUGAAAGCACGCAUUCUAGUUUUGUUUAAUUUAAAAACUCUUACAGCAACACAAUUAUUACUGGUUUAUAAAAGGACUUUGAAGGUGGCACUCUAAUGUAAAUUUGACAAGUGAGAAUUCAUGUUGUAGGACUGCUAUAUGGCCAGUUCUGGUUUCCAUAGAAACAGUUAUGGCAGUAAAAGGCAAGUAAGGUAAGUAAAUGGAGUUUUUAAAACAGUCAGCAUUUUUACAUUAUCUUAAAAAGGUCUGUUUCUGUAGAAAUGCAGUGCUUGAGAUUAUAAAAAUUACUAAAGGAUCUUAAUAUUCUGUUUUAGCAAAAUGUAAGGUGUUUGCUUUUCUGGAAAGGAAACAAAGGGAAGAACUACCCUCAGUCCCUCUGGCUCUGCUCAAGUGGGAGAAGAGAGGAGGCUGCUUCAUGCCUCAGUUUCCCUCUUUUGGAAAUUGAGGAUAAUGCAGUUCCUUAUGCAGUAGGGUGUAACUCCCAAUUUUUGUUAACAUUUAUCAUUAAAAGCUCUUGAGAUCUGUCCGUGGGAGCUGUUAGAGAAGAACUCUCUGGUUGUGUGGGAACAGCUGAACGGACAGAUGCUGCAAUGGGACUUAGUUCUGCUUUCACUGGUACCUUUCUCUGCUUUCACUUUAUCUUUUUCUGCUUUUCCUUCCAUACAUAUUGCUUUGCCUGUCUUGUUGUUUUGGACUCCAGGUUCUUCGAGGCAAUGAUGGUCUCCUGGUCUGUAUUUGUAUGAAAUACUUUUCCUGAGGCCCUGUUCCCUCUUAAGGUCUCAGGAAACCUCUAAUACAAAUAAUGAUUUCUUAAAAAUAGAAAUCCAGCUCAAUGAUUUCUGAGUGUUUCUGUUCUCACAUCUUUGGACUGUAAGCUUGUAUCCGUAAGGGUAUGUGUAUUACACAAACUAUCUGGAAAAUGAGGCUUUUUUGUUAAGGUAAUAAAUGAAAAAAGUUUAAGGUUG